ACCUGGUAUACUAUCCAUGGCUAACUGAGAACCGAACCUGAAUGGGUCUCUCUUCUUCAUUUGAUUUGCUAAGACUGAGUGGCUUGAUGGGAACCAUGUGGUGUUCGGACCGGAGUUCUAUCCUCGCGAUUUAGAUAUGGACCUCAAACCCCUAAGAGAGGGGACAAACCCAUGUACACCCCCUCAUUGGCCCCACAUUGGCACUAGAGUCAUGGGCAUCCAUCUUCAUGACCUCAUUUCUUCUUGUGCUAGAGACAGCUGGACUCGUAGCACAGCCCAUUGGGACAUACUUGUCAAUGUUUGGAAUCGUAAAGAUUUCCCGUCAUUUCAUCCAACUUAAGGAGCCUUCUCGACUAUGGAGUACGAACCUCGAGACUGGGUCACUGGAGUGACACCUUUCGGUCCUUAUUUCGUUCCCUUUCCUCGGUUCUCAUCCCGCCAUUCUGAACAGAGACAAGAGAAAAAAUCACGAAUGGAAGCAAAAAACGAGCUAAAAUCUGCUCCAUUUAACCUGCAAAUGGAUGCUCAAAUGGCUUUAGGGCUUGUACAGCGAGGGGCUACUCUUCUCCUCCUCGACGUCCCUCAAUACACACUCGUCAGCAUCGAUACUCAGAUGUUCUCUGUGGGGCCCGUCUUUAAGGGUAUAAAGAUGAUCCCUCCUGGACCUCAUUUUGUAUAUUAUAGCUCCUCAAACAGUUAUUCCAUGACAACAAGCAGAAAUCUGUUCCAUUUAUGUGCUUGUAGUUGUAUGUGCAUUUGA